AUGGACGAUCCUAUGAUAUCCUAUAUCAUCGUAGAACCAAGGUUUGAAAUGGCAUACGCAGCUGUUUUGUUGGACAUAGAGGGUACAGUGUGCCCCAUUUCAUUCGUGAAAGAAAGCUUGUUUCCAUUCUUUUUGAAACAGGUUGAUACUCUUUGUUCAUCACAAGACCUACAGGUACAGCGGCUCUUGACACAGUUCCAAGUAGAUGAUGUGGCAGGCCAUAUCCGCAGCCUAGUUGCUCGCGACGUGAAGGAUCCGAUCCUGAAGCAGCUGCAAGGCCUCGUAUGGGAGAAUGGCUACAAAGACGGCCAAAUCAAAGCGCCGGUCUACGACGACGCCAUCAAAUUCAUCAAAAAUUCCGAUGUGCCAGUCUACAUCUACUCCAGUGGCUCUGUGAAGGCACAGAAACUUCUUUUUCAAUAUGUUGAGUCACGCAGCAACACGCUAGACUUGCGUCCUUUCAUCAAAGGGUACUUCGACAUCAACACCUCCGGCGUUAAAACUCAGAGUGAAUCCUACGCAAGAAUCGCAAACAACGUUGGAAUCAAGCCUAAUGGCGUGCUUUUCAUUAGCGACAACCCUUUUGAACUCGACGCCGCUAAGAUUACAGGGAUGCAAACUAUGUUAGCCGUUAGACCUGGCAAUAGCGAGGUGAGGGAUGCAUUGAAGUACAAUCCCGUCACCAACUUCGACGAUCUGUAG